AUGUCUUUGAACAGUAUGGAGAAACAGGAAGACAUUUACACAAAAAGUGAAGUAUCUAAUAUAAAAAGCGAAACCGACACCGAUGGUGUGAUAUUGAUAAAAAAUGAAUUUAAACAAGAAAUACUUCUACUUGAGGAUAAUACAACUAAUGAAGAUUCUAAGCAUUGGUUCAAUCAAAUGAAUACGGCAAUAUGUAUUGAAAAUGUAAAACAUGAACAAAUUGAAGAUACAAGCAAUUUGUUAAACUGUAAAAUUUUGAAGUCUGAACCAAAUAACAAAGACCUAACUGAAGAAAAUCAGAGUCAAUGUGGUUCCUUCUCUGAAGAGAUACAAAGUGAGUUGAGCACGAAUAAAUGUUUCUUAGAAAAGGACACAAAAAACCUUGAAAAGUCUAUUGAAACUCAUAUGAAGGUGAACAGAGGAGAAAAACCUUUUGAAUGCGAAGUUUGUUUCAAGCGGUUUACAUACAAUUAUGAGGUAAAAUCGCAUAUGAGGCUUCAUACUGGAGAAAAAUUUAAGUGUGAACUUUGUCCUAAAGAGUAUUUUAAGUAUUAUUCUUUAACAUCACAUAUGAGGUGGCACACUGGAGAAACUUUUUCAUGUAAAAUUUGUUUGAAACAAUUUAUAACGAAUUGUAGUUUAAAAAUUCAUAUGAGAGGACACACCGGAGAAACUUUUUCAUGUAAAAUAUGUUCCAAACAAUUUUCAACAACUUCCAAAUUAAAAGCGCAUGUGAUAGGGCACAGUGAAGAAAGACGUUUCGCAUGUGAUGUGUGCUCCAAAAUUUUUUUAAACAAAGGUAAUUUAACACGGCAUGUAAGAUGGCACACUGGAGAAACUUUCACCUGCAAGAUUUGUUCAAAACAGUUUGUAGACAAUCAUUAUUUCAACGUCCAUAUGAGAUUGCACACAGGCGCAAAACCUUUUCAAUGUGAAAUUUGUUCAAAACAUUUUUCUCAUAAUUCCGCUCUUAAAGUGCAUAUGAGAUCACAUACUGGAGAAAAACCUUUUACAUGUGAAAUUUGCUCCAAACCGUGUAUAACAAGUUCUGAUUUAAAGAUACAUAUGAGAAAGCACACUAAAGAAAUGCCUUAUGAAUGUAAAAUUUGCAAUAAGACGUUUGUAUCAAGUAGUCGUUUAAAAAGUCAUAUGAUCGUACAUAUUGAAAAGGUUCCUCGCAAGUGUGGAAUUUGCUCAAAACAGUAUAAAAAAAAUAAAGACUUUCAAUUGCAUAUCAAAUCGCACACUGUAGAACAAACUUUUUCAUGCGAGACUUGCUCAAGACGAUUUUCUACAGAUUCUGAGUUCAUACAAGAUUGCAUACCGAAGAAAAACCUUUCAGAUGCGAAGUCUGCUCCAAAGGAUUUUUCAGCAAUAAAACGUUAAAAUUACACAUGAGGAUGCAUACUAGUGAACUUUUUCAGUGUGAAAUGUGCCCUAAACAAUUUUUAACAAAAUACAAAUUAAAAAUACAUACCCGAGGGCAUUUACGAGAAAGACCUUUCCCCUGUGAAAUUUGCCCUAAACGGUUUUCGAUUAAUUCCGACUUAACUUCACAUAUGAAAUGGCACACUAGAGACGUUCUUUUCACAUGUGAAAUUUGCAGCAAACAGUUUGUCACCAAGACAGUAUUAAAGACCCAUAUGAAAACGCACAAUGGGGAAAAAGAAUUCUUAUGUGAAAUUUGCUGUAAACAGUUUUUUACCAACACAUCAUUAACUAAACAUAUGAGAACUCAUACAGGGGAAAAACCAUUCAAAUGUGAAGUUUGCUUCAAGUUUUUUUCACUAAAGUGCGGAUUACAAAAACAUAAGUCUGUGCAUGUGGGAAAGUAA